AUGAACGGUGCACUUAACGCGGCGGUCAGUGAUGACCCAUUGAGUCACAGUGCUUCUCCCGCCGGCAGCCACUCAAUUGGCUCCCAUAGCAGAAGCGUUGACCUUGACCUCUCGCCACUUCCAGCUACAUACACUCAACCAAGUUCUCGAAACACGCCUACAAACUCUCCAUUGACAGCCGGGCAACCUCCAUCGAAAGGAAAAACUGUAGGACUCAACGAGGCGGAAAAGGCAACGCGUAAUGCAGCAAAGGAGUUGAGAGAAAGGAGAGAGGAGAAGUUCGCGUUGGAAUUGAAGGCUGCGGUCGGGAGGUUUGAAACGGACUUGCAAGCGAUUGCGGAGAAGUACGGAAAGUCUGAGGACAGAGUCCGUCAGCUACUUAACCUCUCCUCCCACUAUGGACGACGCAGAACUCCGAGACUCGACAACGCCAUUUUACACCACAUGAAGAGCAAGUACAAUGACGAGCGACCGAAGGGCACAAAGUACUCACCUGAAGAGCUUCGAGAGAUGGCGAAAACUGAGCUGUACCUUCAAGACGUCGAAAGCAAUGAAGACAAGCAGAGGGAGCUUUUAGAUGAAAUCAUCGACCAACGGCAGUCAAAGGCAGCGGGUGCACGUAUUACGGAGCGAUCGCAAGCAGCAAUGAUUAGUGAAGCUCAGAAGCAAACUUCAGACAUCAUGAGACGUUUGUUUUAUAGGAUGGAUGCGCCAUCCUUCGGUCUCGUAUCAAAGCCAAACAUAAUGGAGUACGGCGUUCCAGGAUUCUACGCAUAUGGUGACACUGCCGAUUUUAUCCAAGAAACAUUUGGCAUGAACAUGUGGAAGCUCACCAGGAAGUUCGAACUUUGGGCAACAAAUAAUAGCGGCAAGCUUUCAUCUCCUCAUCGUUGCACUGCUUCUAACGUACAUCCUCUACUACAGACUCCAAGAAAGACUUCAAUAUUGACACCUUGCGAGCGAACUGACGAUGUGGCAGAAAACCUUCGAGGCGACAAUAUGCAGAUGAAUUGGGUCAAUUACGAUGCGGCGAUUGUCGUGAAGCUUCGCUGCCGUAUGGUGGGAUGGCCUGAAGGUGUUGACUUCAGCAGCCCAUCAGCAAUGACCAACCGUGAACACCUUAUGCAACUUCUGGAUGCCCUGAAGAGCGGAGUAUGCUAUUGGCAUUGUAUGAGUACGAAGCAGGUCCACACGCAUAAGGAUUGGCUGGAGAAGGAGCAGGAGGCUGGACGAAAGGAGCCCAAAAAGAGGGCACCAAGGGCUGACAAGGGUAAAACCCGAGGACAAUACAAGCCUCGUAAAGCCGCCAGCUCGGACACCCCCGUCGACAAUCUCGCCGAAACCUCACCUUCGUCGACUUCCAAUGCCACUGGCAUGGAUGCCCCCGUCGACAGCUACCCUGAACCCUCGCCUUCGUCGACUUCCAAUACCGCUAGCUCGGACGCCCCCAUCAGCAAUCUCGCCGAAGCCUCACCUUCACCAACCUCGAAUGUCUCUAGCAUACACUGUAUUGACAGCAGCCCAUCUCCUGAUGUCGCCACCACUCCAGCAGCCACAGCAACGCCUACAGACGCCCAUACUUGCCAUACUCCCAACAGCCCUGCUAACGCAAUCGUUGAUUCAAAAACCCCCUCGACGCCUUCAAAUGUCUUGUCGCCCUCCACAGAUGUCACGGCUAUGAAACAGAAGCAAAAAGAGGAGUAUGAGCCAGGCAGAAAGAAGAGGCAGAAGAAAAACAGCACCAGCGAGCCUGAAUCUUCCCAACCUCGACGCCGUGGACGCCCUCGAAAAAACACUCACCGUGCCAAUGCUGAAACACCCCCGUCAUCUGAACCAAUUGCACCCUUUGUCCCAGCACCUGCUCUGCCACGUAUGACCAUGGCUCCUAUCGAAACAUCCCAUUUCGCCUUCGCAAUGCCCUUCCCAAAACCCCCUCACAAUCUCGAAAAUCCUUCUCUGCUACUGGUCAACGACGGCAGCUCCAUAAAGGCAACAGAGGCUGUGGGUAACAUUCUGCAACUGAGCCACCGAGUCCCAGAAGCAAAGGAACCAUUUGCCGAUGUCUCGCUGGGCUUGGCUGCGAACCACGAUCCUACUGACAAUGUCGCAAGCAUGGACAGGGCCAGCUUCAGCAACAACGGCCAGAAUUCCAUGUUCACAGAGCAGGAGCUGCAGGACUUGAUGGUUUGGAGCAUGGGCGAAGGGGAGGUCUACUCAACCAACGCCAACUACACUGAAAGCUCCCUAACCGCCAUGCUCUACAGUGAGGAGUAA